AAGGCCAGAGGUGUGAAGUGCAGAGAGAGCCAAAGGCAUUGUGAGGUGAUCGUUGAUGCUGACAUAAGCCGAUAGCGUCCAAAAUCGGCGAGGGGUCCAAGGCCAGUCAAGAUGGGAACGACUUCCAUUCCCUUCUCAUCAGCUAGCAAUGGCGCAGACUUCUCCUUCGCCAGGCUUCCUGAGCCUGGCAACGCUGUUUGGCGGAAUUGCCUCCACUGCCAUUGCGCGUCUCCUAUCAUAUCCCUUCCGCAGUCGCCGCGCGCCAACCUUCCAUAAAGAUGUUUUGUACGCUGCGGUUCGGGCAAUGCUCUACCGCCUUACCAUACCGCAAUCCCGCUAUAUCAAUGCCUCGACCACGCAGCGACAUCUCCAGCUCUGCAAGGACAAAGGAGAAGAACCCAAGACAAUUGAGGUAGACGGAAAGGAUGGCAAGGCUGUGGCGCAUUGGCUUGGCAGCCCGGACGCUGAGCACGUCGUCCUGUAUGCGCACGGCGGCGGAUACACACAGCCGGCAUCUCCCGGGCAUCUGGAGUACUUCUACAAACUGGUACAGGAUAUGAACGCCCAGCCACGGCCGAGCUCGUUCGCUGUCGUCGUUCUAGCCUAUACCCUCGCUCCGGAAGCUCGGUACCCACACCAGCUGAGGGAAGCCGCGAUCAUGCUUUCGCACCUCAUAAACGACGCUAGCAAAUCGCCGUCUAAGAUCCUGCUGUCCGGUGACUCAGCCGGUGGAGGCCUGGUUUUCUCCCUCUUAUCACACCUACUCCACCCUCAUCCCCAUGUCCCGGAGGUCAAACUGUCCGCUCCAUUAGCCGGUGCCUUCCUGUAUAGCUCUUGGGUUAGCUUCCGAACCGAUCACGAUAGUUUCACCCGCAACGCGCACAUCGAUGUACUCGUGCCAAAUGUGCUCCGCCGAUGGUCAGCAAUGUACAUGAGCAAAUCGAACGACGACCCGGAAACAGAUCCUGGUCCUAUCUCGGGCGACUCCUACUCCGAGCCCGCUAGCAACGACCCGGCGUGGUGGCACGGCAUGCAUCGUGUGGUAAGCAACGUGCUUGUUUGGGCUGGUGGCGACGAAGUAUUAGUAGACGGGAUGCGAGACUUCGACCGCGACUUUCGCAAGGGCUGGGAGACAGGCGGGGGAGAUGCGGAGAAUGUGUUAUUUGUUGAGAUCCCCCGUGGGGCUCACAUUGGGCCUAUUUUGGAGAACAUGAUCAGCAAAAGGAAGGCUAAUGAUCAGAUGAUGAUUGAGGAGUGGUUGAAGGCACGUCUAGACUCAUAGACGCUAACUGUGGCAGGGCCUGGAGUCCAACGUCAUUAUAGCCCUAUCGGAGCCCUUUUCCAAAUACCGCCUAUCGCCGCCCACAUCAUU